GAUUGGACAUUUUCGGAAAAAGACACUCGCCAAUUUUUGACCUCCUAGUCGUUAACCAAUGUUACUUUUUAGGUUGGUAUGAAGAUGAAAUAUUUCACGUCAAUGCUUUUGGAUUUCCCCCAACGGAACCUUCUGCUACCACUAGGGCCUAUUAUGGGAACCCAAACUUCUUUGGAGGGCCUUCUUCCGCCUCUGUAAAAGCUUCUGCAAAAUUGAAGCAGAUGGAGGAAGAAAACGAAGACGCCAUGUUUGUCUUCCUUUCCGAUGUGUGGCUGGACCAAGCCGACGUGAUGGAUAAGCUUCGCAUUAUGUUUUCAGGUUACUCCUCCAUGCCUCCUACCUGUUUUUUCUUCUGUGGAAACUUCUCUUCGGCUCCCUAUGGGAAAAAUCAAAUUCAGUCACUGAAAGGUUCACUGAAAACUCUUGCAGACAUAAUAUAUGAAUAUCCUAGCAUCCAUGAGAGCAGCCGAUUCGUGUUUGUUCCUGGCUCCGAAGAUCCUGGCCCAGGCUCCAUAUUGCCAAGACCCCCACUCACAGAAAGCAUCACUGAGGAAUUCAGACAGCAGGUGCCCUCUUCGGUUUUCACAACAAAUCCUUGCAGGGUCCAGUAUUGCACCCAGGAAAUAGUUAUAUUCCGAGAAGACUUGGUAAAUAAGAUGUGCCGGAACUGUAUCCGUUUUCCUAGCAACAACUUGGACAUCCCUAACCACUUUGUGAAGACCGUUCUUUCGCAAGGGCACCUGACGCCACUGCCUCUUAACGUCAGCCCCGUCUAUUGGGCUUACGACUACACCUUGAGAACCUACCCUCUGCCGGACAUGAUUGUGUUUGCUGACAAAUACGACCCCUUCACUGUGACCAACACCGACUGCCUUUGCAUAAAUCCUGGGUCUUUUCCCAGAAGCGGCUUUUCAUUUAAAGUAUACUACCCAUCUAACAAAACCGUUGAGGACAGCAAACUUCAAGGUCUCUGAAUCUCCAUGAAGAAUGAACAGAAUCAACAUCUUGUUCAUAAUAUGACAUCAGCCCUGUUUCUAGGAUGAUGUAUUUUUUUGGCAAUGUGCAGUUAUACUGAUACAGAACUUUUUGAUACAGAUUUUUAAAUAAAGGUGUUGUAUAUUUGCA